GGCAGGGCUGAAUGGCUGGUGACUCACUACUAUGUAAAUGGAGUGCAGUUCACUUGCGAAGAGAAAAAAAUUAUCGCUCAGCAUCACGUCCAAAGACUGAAAUUAUUGGCACCACAAAUCAUCCGAUCAUUGAUAAGUGCAAAUCGCUCUACCAGCCAAGAGAUGAACAUGAAGAGGAAGCUGAGGCUGUAUUGCGCGAUAAGAGCUCGCAGCAUAUCAAACCCAUUCUGGAUGAACUUAUAAAAACAGAGGAGACUUAUGUGGAGAAUUUGCGCAUUGGUCUGGAGAAUUAUGGAAAUAUAUUUGCACGAAAAGACCUGCCCAUUGGAUUGCGUGGCAAAAAAUAUGUGCUGCUUGGUAAUAUUGGUCAGAUCUACGAAUUCCAUUUGGAGGAAUUUCUACCAAUGUUGCAUGCGAACAGAAGAGACUUGAAGCGAAUAUUUGACGAAUUUCAGCUCUACAUUGAUAAAAAUUUGUUCUAUUGCUACGUCAUAUUUACAAUGAACAAACAACGCUCGCUCAAAUUAUGUGAUACCUAUAAAAAUUAUUUUAAGCGCAUACAAAACGAAUUGGAUGACAAGUUGGGCAUUAAUAGCUUCCUGGUCCAGCCCAUACAGCGAAUGGCUCGAUAUCCGCUGCUGCUGCAACAAUUUAUCACGACCCUCUUCAAGCACCGCGACUUCGAAAUCAAGCCACUGCUUGAGUCCUGCUGUCGGCUGGAAAAGAAAAUGCGCACACUGCUCACCACAACCAACGAAUCGGAAGUAAUUAACGACAUAAUCGAGUGCAAUGAGUUCAACGUCUUUCAUCAGGGCAAAUUCCGCAAGGUCAGCGACUUCUCGGUGACGGAUCACACGCUCAGACGCAGCUAUCGCGGCAAAGUCUUCAUCUUCGACAAGUGCAUCAUCUACACGGAAAUCAAGGGUAAACAUCUGAUCUUCCACGGUCGCUAUCCCUGCGAACAUAUUGGCAUAUUGGCAAAGACGAAACAUUUUACACUCUUCUAUGAGCGUCGCAAGCAACAGGAAUGCGAUUUCCAUGCUGAACCGCAGGUGAUCGAGCUAUGGUUGGAGUUGAUACGCGACAUGAUCAGUUCAUUUGUGAUGGAGGAGCGUCAAAAGUUGCAAGAUCGCUAUGCGCGUGAGGGCGAGCAGCAGUAUAGAAAGCCGGUAAGCUUGUCACUGUUCCGCGAUUCGAAUCGCUUCAGUUCGGACAGUGGCAUCGGUAAUAUUUGGGUAUUGCCGAAGCCAGAGGCUGAAUCGGAGGUGGCGAAUAAUCGUACGACAUGGUAUGCAGUCAAUUGAAUUUAGAGCGGCAAAGCGACGUUUAUGUACACACAUACAUAUAACUAUAUAGACCGUGGAGAGCACGCACCCAUUAAAAAAAUAAUGUAUGGAUUACUUAAUAUCAAAAUCGGGCAAUAAAUGAGUCACAAUCCAUUCGGAGCAGUAAACGAGCAAUCAAAGCAUUUUUUGUAGUUUUUCCAAAAACUUUAUUGAUUCCUCGCUUUUUGAUACGUUUUGGCGUAAUAAACGAGCUAAGGAAUAUGCGAAGAUUGACCUCGUUUCGGAGGUCAAGAGAAGCUCAAAAGAAUACUCUCUUUAGCCUCUUUUAGGCGCUCAAAAGAAGUGCUCGCCCGUAAGGAUAUCGACGCUGAGUGGAAGAUCGACCUAUCUCGGCAGCCAGUUCGAAAACGCCCUAUCUCA